AUGAAGAAAUUACAAAAAUUAAUAUUGGAAAUUCCAAUCGAAACAACAAUAUUGGAAGAAAUUGAAAAGGAUCCAAAUUUUCUAGUUGAUUUCUUUAGGAAUGUAUCUUCAAAUUGCCAAGAAUUAUUUCUCAGAUUUGAGGGCACAGCCAUUGUCAAUCAAUUACAAUUAGAUUAUAUCAGUAACUUAUCAAGAUUGGAAAUUAAUCAACUUCCUAAUCCUCUAUUGUUGAAUCCAUCGUUAAGGGAAUUGAAAAUUGGAACCUAUUCCACAGUACCACCAAUUAGUUGCCAAUUUUUGAACAAGGAUUUCUUAAUGGGAAACAAGUUUGAUCACCUUAAACGAUUGGAAUUGCUUCGAGUGAGAAAUUUAGAAGGUGCCUCAAACUCAUUUCCCUCUUUGGAAUUUGUAAAAUGUUUUUGUUGCUUUUUCAAUAGUGGAAUUGAUUUUUUUACAAGAAUUAGGAAAUUGAAAAGUUUGAUUUUGGAUAAGUGUGAUUUCAAAUUACAAUCAAAUGUUGAAUUUCAGUGUAAAGAAUUGGAAGAAUUGAACAUUACAACAGCACGCUCAAUCCAUUUUCUUGAUAUUUCACUUCUUAGUGGACUUCAAUUGAGAAAGUUAACUAUUUAUCCUGGUGAAAAUGAUGAUCUAUCACCGAUUGAGCAAAUGAUUAGUUUGGAAUAUUUAUCUAUUUUAUCAUCCUACCAAAAUAUUUCUUUGAAAAAGUUGACUAAUCUGAAAUAUUUAGGGUUUUCAUAUGCAGAAAUUUCAUCGAGUAGCUCAUCAACUAAUUUGAUAGAAGAGUAUCUACUCCAUAACUGUGUCAUUCACAUCAGUAGGAUAUAUAAUGCAACUGGAAACCUUAUUCCAGUUUUAUCCGAAACUGGAUCUGAAACCAUUCAUCAAUCUAUUACUGAACAAAUUUGUCAAAAUAAGAACCAAUUUGAAGGUGGAUUGAAUAAUGUGAAAUUUAUUCUCCUUUCCAAUGAGAAGAUUUAUGUUUCGUUUUAUAUUCUAGCAAGCCAUCAACCAGAUCAGCCUUACAUGACCUAUUGCUAUCCAAGUUAUAUUCUAUUCGAAAGGACUCCUCCCUUCUCCAUUCUAUCAAGUGGAAGACACUCUGAAAUGAAACAAACCUUCAAGAAUGAAAAUGUAAAUUCCAAUGACAAGGAAAUUAUUACCACCAAAAAAACAUCCAAAUGUGAAAUUCAAUGA